AGGACCUCAUGUUCAUGUGUAUAAUUUUUCACCCAAAGUCAAACUCAACAGCAAAUUCUGACUCCAACUAUGCAAACCAAUCUACACCCGAUUCCUGCACCUAUUCUCAAAACUCCAAUAAAAAUUGCUAGCACUUCAAAUGAAAGCUACAAAACCAAUCAACAAUCCUCAUCAGGCAAAGUCAAACGCCUUGUUCUCACCCAAGAAGGUAGAACCAAACUCAACAUUUACCCAGAUAAGGAAUUCUAUGCAUAUCCACGGUUAGUGACCCAUGUAGAUGAUGGCUUCAUUUCUACGCUGACCAAUCUUUAUAGAGAAAGGUUGAGACCUGACACACAGAUUCUUGAUAUAAUGAGCUCUUGGGUUAGCCAUCUACCAAGUGAUGUCAUGUACAAACGAGUUGUUGGGCAUGGAUUGAAUGCACAAGAGCUUGCAAAGAAUCCACGGUUGAAUUACUUUGUUGUGAAGGAUCUCAACCAGGAUCAACAGUUUGAAUUCGAGAGCUGCAGUUUUGAUGCAGUGUUAUGCACAGUUAGUGUGCAGUAUCUCCAACAACCAGAAAAGGUAUUUGCAGAGGUAUUCCGGCUGCUAAAACCAGGAGGGGUGUUCAUUGUGAGUUUUAGCAACAGAAUGUUUUAUGAGAAAGCCAUAAGUGCAUGGAGGGAAGGGAGUGCUUAUAGUAGGGUACAACUUGUGGUUCAGUACUUCCAAUCCGUUGAGGGUUUCACAGAGCCAGAGGUAGUUCGAAAGCUACCAAAUAGUAAUGAAGCUCAAGAGAACAUGUCACCAAUGGGUUUUAUCAUGAGGCUCCUUGGAUUGCUAUCAGGGUCUGAUCCAUUUUAUGCAGUUAUUGCUUACAGGAAUUUUAAACCCAUACAUGAUGACUGAAUUGGAGCUUGUUGUGAAAGAGAAAUUGGCCUAAUAUACGCAGGAUUGAAGAGUGUGAUGUUAGCACCAAGAAUGAAGGCCUUGAUGCUCGCGCUAACCUUGAAAAACACAAGAAACAGUAAAAAUCAGAAGGGUUACUGAAGAGACAAUGCCGAGACUCAAAAAUGCAUUUCAGUUCAACUAAGAGGGUUUGAGCAAAUUAUCAGUAAUUACCUCAAAGAUCGAAUCACAAUCAUCCUAUAAAUAUACAAAAUUAGUCAUUUAAAGAACAGUGCUUUAGCCUCUCAAGUGAUAGAUUUGUCUUUGAUGAUAAUUAUAAUUAGAUUGGCAAAAAUAGGAAGAGAAAAAUAAUACAAUAUCAAAAUUUUAUUAUUUAUCAUACAAAAUAUACCAAUAUUAUACUUAUAAUAGUAAUGUAAUGAUUGUUAAUUUAUAUUAAAUAAUUGUCUUAUUAUGUUCC